GGAUAUUACUCUGUUGUAAAAAAUGAUUUAUUAAAUUUAAUUCAUUGUAUUAAUAAGUACUCCGUAAUACGUAGUACAAAUUUAAUGAUUUGAGUGUAUGAUUGCGGGAUUUGCGGAUAACUGUAAUGGAACAUGCCCCUUCUCCUGCGAUCCCUCCUCCUCCCUCAACAUCCCUACAUUUCCUCUCCCAACUCCAACCCUUCAUCUCCGGCGGGCAGCUUUGCCAAAUCCGCCUCUGCAACCUCGAAGCCGGCGCCAUUCAGAAUACGAGCAUCCUCGACGGCGAAACCCAAAACGAACAAGCAAGAGGAUGAUUACCAUGCCACUCUCAAAGCUCUCAACUCCAAAGGACGAUUUCCCCGGAAAACUCUAGGCCAGCAUUACAUGCUGAGUUCUUCUGUAAACGAGCAGCUUGUUGCAACUGCAGGGGUCCGAGAAGGAGACGUCGUGCUUGAGAUUGGGCCUGGAACUGGUUCGCUCACCAAUGCUCUAGUUAACUCCGGCGCCACCGUUCUUGCAGUUGAAAAGGAUCCGUAUAUGGCUGCACUUGUGAGGGAGAGGUUUUCAAACCUGGGGUGUGUGAAGGUUUUGGAAGAGGAUUUCACAAAAUGUCAUAUACGCUCCCAUAUGUCAUCCGUUUUGGAAACUGAUACAGGACCCUUAUACAGUCAAUCACCAUUUGCAAAGGUGGUCGCUAAUAUACCGUUCAACAUUAGCACAGAUGUGGUAAAACAACUUCUUCCAAUGGGGGACAUCUUCACAGAAGUUGUUCUUUUGCUCCAGGAGGAAACCGCCCUGCGCAUGGUGAAUGCAUCCUUAAGCUCGUCCGAGUAUCGACCUAUUAAUGUUUUCAUCAACUUUUAUUCAGAUCCUGAAUACAAAAUCAAGGUCCCAAGGACAGCCUUUUUUCCCCAGCCCAAAGUUGAUGCAGCAGUGGUUUCCUUCAGGCUAAAGCAAGCUGCAAAUUAUCCUCCGGUGUCUUCCAGCAAGAGCUUCUUCUCAAUGGUUAACUCUGCUUUCAAUGGAAAACGCAAGAUGUUGCGCAAAUCACUUCGGCACAUUCGCCCAUCCCAUGAGAUAGAAGAAGCUCUUAGCAGUAUUGGUCUUCCAUCUACAUCGAGACCUGAAGAGCUCGCUCUAGCAGACUUUGUACAGCUGCAUGAACUGAUGAUGAAAGAAUAGAACUUAGGGUCCGUUCCGUAGGACUUGUUUUUUUGCUUAUUACUUAUUCUUAUUAGUAAAUUGUAAUUGCCCAGAAGUUGUCAAAAAAUGAAACCCAUAUCUAUAAACAACCGCAUUUCCCAAAGAAUAUGUAUGUAUGAAUCUCAAGUUCUCAACUGCUGGACCUCUUUCAAGAAAUAGAGCACAAGUCCCAUU